GUACGAAGGUGGCUGAUGUCAUGUUUGGGUUUCAGCCUCAAGGCUGAAGCAGUUGUGUCAACAGCUCUCGUAUUUUCUCAUGACAUUCAGCUGUUCAGACGGAGUAGGCGCUUCAUCUCAGACUCUCCAGUUAGUGCUCAGUUGUAACGUGAGUGUUUCUCCUGCAGGCUCACCUGGUGGCAGCGUUUGAACAGAGUUUGGGCAACAUGACCAUCAGACUGAAGAGUCUCACCUUGACGGCAGAGCAGAAGGACUCGGAGCUGAACGAGUUGAGGAAAACCAUCGAGCUGCUGAAGAAGCAGAACGCUGUCGCUCAGGCUGCCAUCAAUGGAGUCAUCAACACACCUGAACUGGCACCUAAAGGGGAGCGGACAGCUGGCAGCAAUGGCAGCCCACAGCAGCAGCACCAGAACCAGCAGCCGGACCUUCGCAUCAGGAGGCAGCACUCGUCCGACAGCGUCAGCAGCGUCGCCAGCGCCACCAGCCACUCCAGCGUGGGCUCCAACAUGGACGCCGACGCCAAAAACAAGAAGAAGAACAAGAAGAACUGGCUGCGAAGCUCUUUCAAACAAGCGUUCAGCAAGAAGAAAUCUCCCAAAUCGGCUUCUUCUCACUCCGACAUUGAGGAGAUGACGGACUCAUCGUUGCCGUCUUCGCCAAAACUGCCUCACAAUGGCACGUCAGGCAGCGGCCACAUGCUGAGGAACACACACUCCAACACUCUAUUGUCGGAGUGUUUGGACAGCGAGGCCGAGACGGUGAUGCAGCUGCGCAGCGAGCUCAGGGAGAAGGAGAUGAAACUGACCGACAUCCGCCUGGAGGCUCUCAGCUCUGCACAUCAGCUGGACCAGCUCCGGGAGGCCAUGAACCGCAUGCAGGUGGAGAUCGAGAAGCUGAAGGCGGAGAACGACCGUCUGAAGCUGGAGAAUCAGGGCAGCAGGACAGGCUCCCAGGUCUCCAUCUCAUCCUCGCCUCCUCCUCACACCCACAGCCAGACCCCAGCGCCCGGCCCGGGACUGUCCCAGCACAGCCUCAACCUCACCACCAGCGAGUCCACCAGCCUGGACAUGCUGCUGGACGACACCGGCGGCGAGGGAGGGAUGAGGAAGGAGGGACGCCACGUGAAGAUCGUCGUCAGUCUGGACGAGGACAGAAAGUGGGGAGAGGACGGCCGAUCUCGGCAUUUUCUCAUCGGUUGCAUCGGCGUGAGCGGGAAAACUAAGUGGGACGUCCUGGACGGAGUGGUCAGACGUCUUUUCAAGGAGUACAUCACCCACGUGGACCCGGCCAGCCAGCUGGGCCUGAGCUCGGACAGCGUUCAGGGUUACAACAUCGGAGAGAUCCACCGACCCAGCAGCCCCAGCGCCGCCCACACGCCCGAGCUGCUGCCCUGUGGAUACCUGGUGGGAGACAACACCAUCAACAUCCAGCUCAAAGGCGUGAGCAGUGAGAACGUGGACUCUCUGGUGUUCGACACGCUGAUCCCCAAGCCGAUGCUGCAGCGCUACGUCUCGCUGCUGAAGGAGCACAGACGCGUCAUCCUGUCGGGGCCCAGCGGCACAGGAAAGACCUACCUGGCCAAUCAGCUGUCUCGACACCUGCUGCUGCUGGAGGGUCGACCUCUGACUCCGAAUGCCGUCGUCACUUUCAACGUGGACCACAAGUCCAGCAAGGAGCUGCGUCAGUACCUGUCGGGUUUGGCGGAGCAGUGCAGCAGCGUUGCGGGAGCAGACAGCCCUCUGGUGGUGAUCCUGGACAACCUGCACCACGUCAGCAGCCUGGGAGAGAUCUUCAACGGCCUCUUCAACUGCAACUACCAGCACUGCCCCUACAUUAUCGGCACCAUGAGCCAAGCCACGUCAUCUGCCCCCAAUCUGCAGCUUCACCACAACUUCAGAUGGGUGCUGUGUGCCAACCACAUGGAGCCGGUGAAAGGCUUCCUCGGUCGCUACCUGAGGAGGAAGCUGAUCGAGACGGAGAUCGGCAGCCGGACGCGUAACAUGGAGCUGGUGAAGAUCAUCGACUGGGUGCCGCGGGUUUGGCAUCACCUCAACCGCUUCCUGGAGACACACAGCUCCUCCGACGUCACCAUCGGACCUCGCCUCUUCCUGUCGUGUCCCAUGGACGUGGAGGGAUCCAGGGUUUGGUUCACGGACCUGUGGAACUACUCCAUCAUCCCCUACAUGCUGGAGGCGGUGCGGGAGGGACUGCAGCUGUACGGCCGCAGGGCUGCCUGGGAGGAUCCGGCUGCCUGGGUGAUCGACUCCUACCCCUGGUCAGCGACGCCUCCUCCAGGCGACUGGCCACCACUGCUGCAGCUCCGCCCGGAGGACGUGGGCUUCGACGGAUACUCUGCCCCCAGAGAAGGAGUCAGGAAAGAGCCGCCACAGAGCGACAGUGACGCAGACCCACUGAUGAACAUGCUGAUGCGUCUGAAGGAGGCGGCGACGUCGUCGAGCCCGCAGAGCUACGACAGCGACUCCAACAGCAACAGCCACCAGGACGACAUCCUGGACUCGUCGCUGGAGUCCACCUUGUGAUGCCAUAAAACGCAGCACUGGGAUCUGUUUUCAAACAAGAAUUUUUUUUUAUAGGAACUGUUCUCACUGAGAGUAUAAUUUCAUGCCACAAAAUCCAGCCACCUUAAUUUGGGUGCAGGUAACCCAAAUGUUUAAAAAGAAAAAGAAGAAAAAAAAAGAUGGUUAAAAUUGCAUUUCAGUAAACGGGCAACAAAAGUUUCUACUUCUUCUGCACUGCGCUGUUUUUUUGGUUUGUUUUUUUUUCACCGCUGUGGCCCGCGGCUCCUCUGUCGGGAGCCUGACGUCUACUUCAGACAGACAGAAUAAAAGCACACAGCCUGUCCCUGUUGGUGAGGCGCCAUCAUUACCAUCAUCACCAGCCAUCAGUUUACUGAAACACCAGCCAGGACUCCUCCAUCCUCCCCCUGAGCCGCAGCAUCACACCAGCUCGUCGGGCCAGAAUCCUGCUGCAGGGAGCCGGAGCUGCCUGCAGAUGGCGAUACAAGCCCUCUUCUCUGGAGCAUCAGUGAAACUCUGUGACCACCUGCUGAGGAAACUGGAUGGGUGGAUGAACGGCCAGCCGCUUCCUGCUCCUCGUCCACCUCGUGUGGCUGAAGCUGCCUGUGUGAUUGCUGGAGGAUAAAUAGAGCCAAAGUGAAUGUUAAGUUCUACAACAAAUGACAACUUCUCAGAGAAACCCUGAGUUUUACAUCCCAAACUACAAUAUGUCGAAACCAAGAGAGCAUUAUCAAAAAGAGUUCCUACAAGAUACAUGAGAGCUGGUGGGAUUUCAGCUCCAAAUCCACAAUUUAAAUAUAUCAAAGAAACUGGAAAACAUAGUGAAAAUAUCCAGUUCUGUGGUGAAAACAAAUCCAAAUUAAGGAGACAAAGCCUCAAUAGUUGGAUCAGAAAUACUCACCACAAUCCCUGCUGAGGCUUUUUGUUUCGUUUGGAGUUGACACGUCGUAUGUCAGCUUUCAUCAAAGUCCUCAGUGGCUGCAACCUCCCUCACAGUUUCAUUGUCUAAACACAGACAGCAGUGAGAUCUACUGUAAAAACAGCUUGUCUUAUUCAGUAUAACAUCUACAGCUACUUUACAAAAUAUCUUUAAAGUCCUUGCUCUCACAAAAAGGCUUCGACAGUGUUUGAGGUGAAGUCCUUGGACCGGUUUCAGAAAUCAGGAUUAACAAACUUCAAUCAAUCAACUCUGAUUUAUGUUAACUUUGAGUAAAGCAUAUGCAUGAGGAGAUUAAAAAAAAGCACUAUCAUCCUAUCCCUCAUUAGUGGAGUUAGAAAUGUUAAUGAUUGUACAAAAAGAAUAAGAGUUGUUUUCUUUAAACAAGCAACACGGUAACAGCAGCAAAAGAACAUCAACUGGCCAGAAAAUUGCUGGAAAGGUCAACAUGUGAGUGUUUAUUGGAAAAAUAAAAUAAAAAAAUAUUCCAAAAGUGGAAUCUAAGGCACUAUUGUAUCCAUUUACACCAGAAAAAUUAAUCAAAUCAACGUAUUAGUUCUGUGAGUCUCAAAGCUUCUCCUCUGAUGAGGCUGUGACUUCAAAAACACGAAGUUUUUCUUUGCCGGAACACUACUGACAGCCUUACAGACGGUUGCAUUAGAAACAUGCUCAGUGUUGGCAAGGUUAAAACACACACAAAAAAAUGUUGGCUGAUCGACUCUAGCUACUUUUACAAAGCAAAAAUCUAAUUUACUAAACACCUGUAAAGUCCUAGUUGUCACAAAAAAAGGCUUUCAGGAGGAAACUGCACAAACUGGGACGUUAACAUUCACCAUGGCUCGAUUUGUCCUUUCGACUUUGACCAGUGUUUGAAGUAACAUCCUGUGUGUCGUAGCAUCCUAUGUAAUUUCACUAAUAACGCCUCUACCACUUGCUUUGACCCCUUAAUAAUCCUUUGAGAUCUCCACGCACAUUGGCCCAAGCAGGCUGUUGUAGCACAAAUCCCUUUUUGGUGCUGGACUGAAUCCUAUCAAACAAUGCCUUACUCUUUUCUAACAGACUAUGUGCAUUAGCAGAUUCUUUUUCUUGUUUUUUUUUUUUUUUGUCUAAAUGGCUGUAAACUUAACAGGGCUCCGAGUCGACUUGACCCUCCUCGAGCAGCUCGAGGAGCAGCGUCGACCUCUCAUCAUAUCAAUCACCAAUGCCGUGGGAUUGAAGAGACGCGAAUGAGGAAGCAGAAGCUUUGGGUUUCAAAUUAAGUUGUAUGCAUGCAUGACCCACCCGGUGCUGGGAAGAUGGUGUAAAUAUUUGGACCACUAGCGAGAAAGAAAACUAUUUAGAUGUGUUUUGUUUUUGUUUUGUUUUUUUUGGUGCUUGAAAUCAGAACUUGUUGCAGGUUGAUUGGGUGAGGGAAAGUUUAAGAAGAUUUUAUACCUCAUCCCCAUCCUUUAACUGUGCUUUUGCCACGCUUAGUGUCUGUUUUGAUGAUGUGAUUUGUGAUGAACAAGACUGUCAUAACAAACAUGUUGAACUAAUUAAGUGAAAACUAGUGUAUAUGCUGCUUUGUUUAUAGUGAUAUAAUUAAUCAGAGGUUAAAGUUAUAAAAGGUACUUUGUUGUAAAAGCCUCCCAGCCUUGCUUUUCUGGGAAGGGCAGGCGGGCGGGCGUUCAAAGCCGGGGGUCACGUAGUCCAGCACGGCUUCCAUCGCUUUCAGUGUUUCUGUCACCGAUCCUAUGCAACAUUCAUUCUGAUCUCCAAAUGGAAGCCAAAAGCCGAAUGUGUGUUUGUCCCCCCUCUCCCUCCCUCCUCCACCCCGAGCAGUUUGCAGCACUGCCUAGAGACGUACAGCAUGGAACCAGAUUUGUGAAGAGUUUUGUGGCCAAUGUUCUUUGUCCGUGUGUGUGUUUGAUAAAAGGAUCUCCUGCUACUGUCCCCGUAAGCACAAAGAGACUGAUUCUGUUUGUCUGUGUUAAAGCCUGCUCUGAGAGGUGCGGAUGUUGUCGAAGCAUUUGUCAUUUUAUUACUCACAAACUCAAUGAAUGUUUAGCCUUCUUAGCUAUGUACAUUUUUUUAUAUGUAACAUAACUUUGUAAAUAGUUGAUUAUCUCGCAGCAUUUUGAUGACUUUUUCUAGCUGAUUUGUUACAGUACUUGAAAAGGAGUAUUUUGUGUACAGUCUCUUUACAUCAGGGCAGAUUGAUUUGCGGUUUGCCAUCGCUGGUCUGUCCAGGGCUCGGAGAAUUGAAUCUGAUAUCACUGUACUAGUCUUAAGUUAUUGUGAUUCAAUAAAAAUUAAUGAUUAUUUAUGAUUGAA